CAUCGCCUUUGGGGCACUGCGGUCCCGAUCCGCCCCAUACGGAGCGCAGUUGACCCCGCACCGCGCUCCUGGCACCUCCUCCGCCGCUGACCGAGGCAGCUCCGCCUCGCCCUGCCCGGGAAGCCCCGCUGCUCUCGGGGACGGGAAGCCGCUCCUCCCUGGAGCCGGCGGCUGGAGGAGGCGGGCCGAGGUGGGGGAGAGGCGGAGGAAGCGGUCGGGUUGGGGCGCUCCGAGUCCGCCGCACCCGGCACAGACACGGUGCUGCCGUCCACGGGAGAGCGGGGCAGCGCGGAGCCGGCCCCAGCCACAGCCCGUCCCCGCGGCGCAGUGCGAGGAUGAGCGGCGGGGCUGGAGGCGAGCUGGCGGGCGCCAUCAACAGCGCGCUGCCCGCCAUCCCCUCCAGCAAGCUGCCGGACCUGCGCUUCCUCAGCCGCGGAGCCUACGGCACGGUGUCCGCCGCCCGCCACGCCGACUGGAGGGUCCCGGUGGCCCUCAAGUGCCUGCAGGGGCCGCUGCUAGACAGUGAUAGAAACCACCUUCUAAAAGAAGCAGAGAUAUUGCACAAAGCCAGGUUUAGUUACAUUCUGCCAAUUUUGGGAAUUUGCAAUGAGCCUGACUUUCUGGGGAUUGUAACAGAAUACAUGGCAAAUGGAUCGCUGAACCAGCUUUUACAUGGGAAGGAUAUGUAUCCUGACAUUGCCUGGUGCCUGAGAUACCGCAUUCUUUAUGAAAUUGCUUUGGGAGUGAACUAUUUGCACAACAUGAAUCCUCCAUUGUUGCACCAUGACUUGAAAACCCAGAAUAUUUUAUUGGAUGAUGAGUUUCAUGUCAAGAUUGCAGAUUUUGGCAUGUCAAAAUGGCGUGUCAUAUCCAUGUCACAGUCACGCAGUGAAACUUCCUUACCAGAAGGAGGGACCAUCGUCUACAUGCCCCCUGAAGAUUACAAUCCCAGUCAGAAAACUCGGGCAAGUGUGAAACAUGAUAUCUACAGUUUUGCAAUUAUUAUAUGGGAAGUGAUGUCAAGGAAACACCCAUUUGAAGAAGUUAUAAACCCCUUGCAGAUAAUGUAUAGUGUGUCACAAGGACAGCGACUAGACUUAAGUGAAACGAGCUUAUCAAUGGACAUUCCACAUCGAGCUCUUGUUAUAAGAUUGAUAGAAAGUGGAUGGGCACAAAACCCAGAUGAAAGACCAUCAUUCUUAAAAUGUUUAAUAGACCUUGAACCAGUCCUGAGAACGUUUGAUGAAAUAGCUAUCCUGGAAGCAGUAAUUCUGUUAAAGAGAUCAAAGUCACAGUAUGAAUCGCAGUGUAUCCACAGGAGUGGAAAAAAAGCAGGUGUGGAGAAAACAUCUCUAAAUAUACCACUGAAUCCCCAAGAGGAAACAUCUGCUUCCAUACACUGUGAUGCACUUCCUCUUCGGAGUAUCUCUCCAGAUAUAUCACGACGCAAAGCUCUUCCCCAGUGUAAUAUCCUCUCAUCAGAUGGAAAUUCUUGCGGUCUACACUCUCUCAGCUGUCAGAGUGUGGAUGAAAAUCUCUCUGUAAAUCAAAGCGCCAAACCUUUUGUGCAUCCAUACAGUUACCUUCCCUCAUCUGACAAGAAUAUUUCAGUUGCCUCAAAUUCUUCAUCGUGUGUGCUGCAGACAUCACCAAUUUCCUCAGAUUUUGUUUUGGAAACCAUACAACAGAAUGUAGCUCAUCAAUGGAUCCAAAGUAAGAGAGAAGAAAUUAUUGAUCAGAUGACUGAAGCGUGUUUGAAUCAGUCACUGGAUGCUCUUCUAUCAAGAUUUUUACUCAUGAAAGAAGACUAUGAACUUAUAAGCACCAAACCUACAAGGACAUCAAAAGUCCGACAGCUACUUGAUACCUCAGAUAGCCAAGGAGAGGAAUUUGCCAGAAUUAUAAUACAGAAGUUGAAAGAUAACAAACAGCUAGGACUUCAACCUUAUCCAGACAUUGUGUUUAAUUCUCUAAGACUGCAUCUUUAAAUGUAUUUGUUUCUGUUUGAAGCCAUGUGAAUAUUUCUUAAUACACAACUCUUUGUUUCUACUUAGUAAUUUUAUAUCUGUACUGCUUUGUCUUUACUACAAAUUGGUAGAAACUCAAACAAAGACACUGGGUUCAUCAAGACUGCAUUUGGUGAGUUACCAGUUGGGGUUUAGUCGGAAAGCCAAAAACUUGACACUGGCGGACUGAUUUUAAACAAGUAUUUUGUUUAUAUGUGAUGAAGAAAAAUCAUUAAAUUAUACCCGUUUUACAUAUUUUCUGUUUAUACAUAUCCUUCCAGAUCACUGGAGACAACUUGAUAUUGGUUGUUCUCCCUCCAUCUGUUUUUUCCUCUAGAGGAGAGGAAAAGCUGUAUGCUUUACUUUUAGUCUUGUAUGUUGUGUUUGUAAAUAAAUUUCCUUCUUCCAGCCAUACUGAGUAUUCCUCUCAAUAUACCUGAGAGGAACAGAAGGUAUUUUUACAGGAUUUUUAUUGUGUUUUGUUUUGUUUUCCAUUUUUUUUUUUGCCAGGGCGAGCGUGUCAGACCACUGCCUAAGAAGAAUGUGAGUCCUAAGAGAAGCCUCGGGGCAAGGAACACCUUGUACUGAUCAUCAUCAUUUUGCUAAGAAAUGGUACAUUAGAACGAGUGGAGCUCUAGUCUCUUAUUAUUUGGUUACAUCUGCUUAAAUUCCUCUUGAAAACGGACUUGCAGAGAUUUGAGAUUUGCAUAGUUUAUAGAAGGGAACCCUCAGUUCAAUUAUGCUCUUACUUUCACAGUUUUGCAUAAGUACUUCUCUUCUCAUGCUGCUGAAUCAAACUUCAGUUUUACUGUUAGUGUUUACAUGAUGGGCAGUAGUUUGAAUGUGUGCAAAGCUCAAACAUGCACUGUGCUGCAAAGUUGGAAGUAAUGUACAUGGGCCUCUCCUGUGUGGCAGGAGAAGCAAUGUGCUCAGCUUUUGGGAAGAAAAUGCAGUGUUCUGACCUGCCUUAGCCUUCUCUGGACAAUGUCUGCCAUCCCUUUGUUGUCUCAGGGAUGGUGCUAACAUGUUGAGGUACAAAUGAGGCCACCUAAAAGAAAAGGUAUGUGUUGGUUUUUGUUGUUUUUGUUUUUAAUUAUUACCUAAAAAUCGUUUCAGAAAAAUUAAUGACUUUACCUUGGCAGCUUUAAACUCAGUAAAAAAAAAACACUACUUUGCCAGAACACGUCACAGGCAAAUCAUUUUUACAGGUACUAACAAUUAAUUUCAUUUUCUGUCAAUGCUAUCUAAAAUAUGGGAAACUCAAAUUUCU